GGUCAGCACAUUCUGAUUCUAGACACAGACGUGAGAGCUUAUGUCAAAUUUCUCCAGGAAAAGCAUUGCUGACAGCGGUAUAAAACGAUCCGACAACGUACCGGUGACAUCAUUCGGUACUCCUGACGUUAAACAGAGCACAUCGAUAAUUGAUAAGAUGGACACCUGUUUGGACUCGACAAACCAAAUGGACUUUUACGAAAGUGAUCUGAUGAUUGCGCAAUACACCCAAAAGUUGCGUGCGGAGGACUUGAAAAUCGUAACUUCAAUCCCAAAAGUCUCAUUCGACGACGAAAAAGGCACACUGGAUACUCCUGAGGUAUCGUUGAACUUGUCUGAUUUUAUUGACACUCCUGAGUUGAAUAAGUUUACUACUGGGGAAGGCCUUUUCCCACAAGUGGACCUGCUAACUUCCAGUCAAGAAGACAAAUCCAACCUGGCCACCACGAAGAGUAACACUGUCACAACAUCUCAUAACUCGGCGAGGUUGGUCCCUGUCAAACAGGAGCCUAUUGAUGUUGUUGAUAUAGAACUGGGAGAUAACAGUCGCCUUAUGUCACAUCAGACAGAGAUUGAAACCAUUGACAUUGCAAGUUAUAUGAUGCAGCCGCAGUCACGUGAUGGUAAGAAAUUGUCGAAAGUUGUAGUAAAACAGGAGGUACCCGAAAUGGGAACGUAUGUUACGAUUCCGGAGUCCACAUCGUCUUCAGUAUCGGAGGAUUGCAGAUCUAUUGGCAGUAUUGAGUAUGAUUACAUUGAUAACGUACCAACACCAGUUCAUGACGUGUUCGCUGAUGAUUACGCUAGUGACAAUUACCAAGGAAAGUCACCACCACCGAGCAAGGGUAUACGCAAACAUGAUUUGACCAAAGGAUCGGAGGAGUAUAAACAGAAACGAGAAAGGAAUAAUGUGGCGGUGAGAAAGAGUCGAGAAAAGGCAAGGGAACGCCAACGCCAAACGGAGCAAAAGGUUAAAACUCUUUCAUCUGAAAACAAACAAUUGUCGAAGAAAUUGGAACUUGUUACCAAAGAAUUGACAGUUCUACGAGGAUUAUUUUCCAAUGCCAAUCUACGAGGAUUAAUUUCACCCCAGCAUAAAAAGCUGUUGGAUAAACUGAAUCAAUGACUAGCUAGUGUGUGAUGGAUAAUUUUAACAUAUACCUCGUGUUCGUUUAUGACUUCAUUGACAGUGUUAUGUGAUAAUUAUAAAGUCUUGCCCUGUUUUUGCGAAUAAGGGAAGACAAUCUGCAUAUGUAUUAUUAUUAACUAGUAACUGGUUGUUGACCUUGGGCCUCAAGAUAGACUUUUAAUACGCCCUGACAUGCUUGAAUGACAAAAGCAUAAGGCAACAGAGAUGACGAAUCCCAUUGGACUAGAAGCAGAGUAGUCAAAACCUAUUUAGAUUACACUUUUUGAAGCUACGCCAGAGGAUUUUAAUUGUAUAUUGGUUUUUCCGAAAGCAAUACAACAUGGGGAUCACUCUGAAUACUUAAAAAUGUUAUUUAGAAUGUGCUUGGAUCGGGGUUUGCGUGUCGACUGAUGUUUGGUCACAGAGGUUACACUUGUCCAAUGUAGGCCAUACAAAUGUACUGUAUAAUAAAAGCAAAUUUACCAAAAAAAUGUUGCAGAGGUUGUCUUCCCGCUUAUACAAUACUGAGUUACACUCCCGUCUUGAUAAAAAUGUCAAUGUACCUGAUAUGCCAGAUAUUUCAACAAUUAGAACUGUCAUGUCUAAAUAAACAAAUACUUGUAGUACCAAUAAUCUACUACUACCACAAGUACUCGUUUUGACAUAUUUAACUUGUUUUUGUAUUGUCUGUAUUUGUCUCGUCUCCCGAAAGACAUUCACUCUGUUGUAAAAAUAGUAGGGGCCUAUUUAUAUACUUUUUUUAAAGCAUGUGUUGAUAAUGAUAUUGUUUCCUAAAUAUCAUGGGUACAUUUAUACAGUAAAAGGGUACUGUACAUAUCACUAGCCAUAAAAGUUAGACCACCUUUUAUAAAGAUGAUUGGCUUCUUGAAAGGACCUUUUUUCAGUUGGGACAUUUCGUCUUCUUUUUUUUGCCCUUUCACCAAAGGUAUACCAUGCCCUUGGUGCCAUCCACAUUUGCUUCGGAGUAAAAAAGUCAUGUUUUAAAAUGUAGAAAACAAGUAAGGUCAUAAAUUCAAUCAUGUUUUUCAACAGUGGUCAUCUUCAUCAUGCAUUUAAAAAGUUCUCAAAGGCCUGUGGAUUCAUGGUAUUUUCUCAGGUUAAAAAAAUUAUUUAAAAAAAAUCUUUGUCAAUAUUUAAUAUGUUGUCAUCAGGUUUAUGAAAUAUUGUAAAUACAUGUCAUCUUAUACUCUGUACAUUAUCAUAAAGUGCUAAUUUAUUUUGAUACUGUUGAAUGUGCAAGACUUUUUGUUGUGUAGAAAUAAAAUAAGAAGUCUUCUAUUUUA